GGGCGGCCCGCUCGCCGUCGUUCGUCUUCUCCGUGCUCUCCUCUGACUGUUUCGCUUGCGAUGCGCCUCUGUGAGACCCCUUGGAGCACGUCGGUCCCGGGACGGGGGUCUGUAGCGAUCGUGGCUCGCGGGGAGUCCCGUGAGCGCUGAGGGUACAGGAGGGAUAAAGGAGAGGAGCGGAGGAUCGAGAGUCGCGGGCGGUUGCGCGCGGAUGUUUUGUAUCCGUCUGACUUCCCCUUUUCGCACUAAGCAUCUCGAAAGUUACCUCGCUGUUACCGCAUACAAGCCUGGCGGGCGAAACCAUGGAUCAGACGAGAAACAGGCCGAGCAGGCCGCGACUGCGGUCCCAUGGCAAUUCCGCUAGGGUGCUCGUGUUUGAUCAGAGCGAAGCCGAGGAAACUGCCAACGUGGAAACGGAAAUGCAGAAACGUCCGGCACCGCCAAAAUUGGAAAGCAAGGAGGCUCCAGUUCGGCCCGUUAGCGGAGAGCUGUCGAAUCUUGUGCGCAUGAGAAAUUCCGCGAUAGGAAAGUCGGCGCCUUCUCUGUCGGUCCACCGUGACUUCAACAUUUCUCGUCGCGCUGCUAAGGCGGCUCAUCGCAAGUCUCUCAUCGCCACCACGUCGCCUACCUUACCGCGUUGCCAUUCACCUUUGUCAGCAUUCGUCCCGAUUGUAGGCAGUCCCCUAGAGAGCCCUAGGAUGUCAUCCAGUCCACACUUUGCUUUUGCUCCAAUUAAAAGAAUUGGCGGAGGUGCUACAGGAACUGGCGAUGGCAGGAGAUGGUCAGUUGCCAGUUUACCGUCCAGUGGCUACGGAACGACGCCUGGUUCCAGCAAUGUUUCGUCACAAUAUUCGAGUCAAGAACGUUUGCAUCAACUGCCGAAUGUUCCCACCAAGGACGAGCUACGCAUGUUGUCUUGUCAUUUCUCCAAGCCCGGGACACCGUGCUCCUCGCAUCCGGGCUUCCCAGGUUCUAGCAUAUCUAGUAUUCCGGGCAGCGCGUCUCUCAGCCUUGAAGAGGAAGGCCGUCGGUCGCCGUUACAUCGCCCACGUUCCCGAAGCUUGAGCAGUCCAAGUCGAUCACCCGUUCUUGACAGUGAAAUUGUUAUGAUGAACACUUUAUACAAAGAAAGGUUUCCAAAGGCGACGCAACAGAUGGAAGAGCGACUGACCAAUUUUAUUAAUGAAAACAAAGAGAUAGAUGAAUACGAGGUAGUGGUUAACAUGACGCAAGACUCGUUACCAAUUUUACGCUUUGUGCAUCAUCAAGUAAUCGAGAUGGCCAGAGACUGCUUGCAAAAAUCUCAGGAAAAAUUAAUUACAACGAGAUACUUUUACGAGAUGAGCGAGAAUCUGGAACAUCUAUUAAUGGAGACGAAAGAUAAAUCUUUAGAGGCGGCGACGAGAUUAACAGGAUUAAUAAAAAAAUUACUAUUAGUCAUAUCGCGUCCAGCUCGUCUAUUAGAGUGCUUGGAAUUCGAUCCUGAGGAAUUUUACCAUUUGCUCGAACAAGCAGAGGGCCAAGCUAAAGUCAAUGUGGGACUAAAAGCCGAUAUUCCUCAAUAUAUCAUUACAAAACUGUCCUUAAAUAGAGAUCCUAUAUCUGAGUUGCAGGAAGACUUGAAUAAAUUAGAGGAUUCUGCGAGUUCUAGCGACAGUAAUUUGCAAGUGGCGUCAAGUCCGAAUAAAGACGAUGACAAGUGUCAGCGUAUUCCGUGCGAAGGUGAUUACGAAGUACUGAAGCUCAUCAGCAAUGGCGCGUAUGGCGCUGUGUAUCUAGUUAAAGAGAAGACUACGCGGCAGAGAUUUGCCAUGAAGAAAAUCAAUAAGAAUAAUUUGAUGCUACGGAAUCAAGUGGAACAAGUGUUUGCCGAAAGGGAUAUAAUGAGCUUCACGGAUAAUCCGUUUGUAGUGUCUAUGUAUUGUAGUUUCGAAACUAAGAAACAUUUAUGCUUAGUAAUGGAAUAUGUAGAGGGUGGAGAUUGCGCGAAUCUUUUAAAGAAUAUAGGUCCACUGCCACCAGACAUGGCAAGAUUUUAUUUCGCCGAGACUGUCUUGGCUGUCGAAUAUUUACACAGUUACGGCAUUGUACAUCGAGAUUUGAAGCCUGAUAAUUUACUUAUCACUGCCAUGGGACACAUCAAGCUUACUGAUUUUGGCCUCAGUAAGAUGGGUCUAAUGUCCUUGGCAACAAAUCUCUACGAGGGUUAUAUCGACCGAGACACACGGCAGUUCUCGGACAAGCAAGUGUUCGGCACGCCGGAGUACAUCGCCCCGGAAGUUAUAUUGCGCCAGGGAUAUGGUAAACCGGUCGACUGGUGGUCUAUGGGUAUUAUAUUGUACGAAUUUCUAAUUGGCUGUGUCCCGUUCUUUGGCGAGACACCCGAGGAGUUAUUUGCUCACACAGUUAACGACGACAUCGAGUGGCCGGACGAGGACGAUUGGCCCGUUCAACCUGAGGCGAAGGACAUUAUAACAGCUCUUCUGCAUCAGAGCACUAGGGAUCGACUGGGAACUGGUGGGUCGCACGAGGUCAAGGAGCAUCCAUAUUUUUAUGGAGUUAAUUGGAACAGCUUACUCAGGCAGAAGGCUGAGUUUGUGCCACAACUAGUUAACGAUGAGGAUACAAGUUACUUCGAUACUCGUAUGGAUAGGUAUAAUCAUGACUUAGGCGAUGACACAGACGACACCGAUGACUCCCCCUUGUUCGGAUCGUUCUCCUCUUACUCGCCUCAGUCGCGCAAGAUCUCGCAGACGCGCCCGCCUCAGUUCAACUCUGACGCGGAGUCGGACGCCUCCAAGAAACAGCUGUUCCGAACCGAGCUCGAAGGCACGUUCGCGCAAUUGUCCCUCGGGUCGACCGCGUCGUCGGUCACGCCGCCAUCCAAACUGACCGAGCCACAGUCCGCGCAAUCGGCUGAGAAACAUCGGCUGCCCUCCUCGUCAGUGAAGAACAGUUCCUGCGCUGAGAAUCAAAGCAGGACCGACAAGCUCAACGCCACGUCGUCGUCCAGCAUGACUCACAGCGCUACGGUCUUGUCCGGUAACGAGCCGCAAUUGUCGGCCGUUAAGGGCACUCAGGCGGAAAGGGCGUCGAUUAAUCUGAGCACACCCGAUUCCUCGCAAACCGAGUCUGAAGACAUUAGUCCGCAGAUCCAGAGAAAGCGGCACACGCAUGCCCGUGACAAGCUGCCCAGGUUCAGUAUAUCCGUUGAUGAUGAACACAUAUUGGAUCUCGCAGCGGCAAAUAAAGACCUAGCGGAGGAGAGCAAGCACAACUCCAGCACUGACUCGUUUGAGUCCUUCAACGCCAUAUCCGUGUUACCAUCCGCCCGGCAAAAAUCUCGAUCCGUCAUAAAAUCCGCCUCGACCAGUGGACUGUCGUUGGUGAUCCCGACCAGCGACUUUUCCUAUGACGCGCCGCUAAAUGUUCAACCUAUCGAGUCGCCUGGUGGAUCGUCGACCGCGUCUUCGAGGGACACUUCUCCCUGUCGUGAGCUGAGUCCUCUCGUGACUAGUCUGAAACCGCCUAUUAUCAUCCGUCGAGGACCGUGCGGCUUUGGCUUUACCGUACACACUAUCAGAGUUUACUACGGCGACAGCGAUUUCUACACUAUGCAUCAUCUAGUGAUGGAGGUCGAACAGUCCAGCCCGGCAUUUGAAGCUGGCUUGAGACCCGGUGAUCUCAUAACGCACAUAAACGGUGAGCCUGUGCAGGGUCUGUACCACACCCAGGUCUUGCAGCUGAUGCUGAGUGGCGGCGAUCACGUAACGUUACGUAGCACGCCGCUGGAGAACACCAGCAUCAAGACGGGCGGUAGGAGGCGUGAUCUUGCACAGAGUAAACUGGCUCGCCGUACGCUGCACAAGCAGCGGAAGCAAAAGCGGGAUCACUCGGACAAGAAGCGGAAGACGUCCCUCUUUAAGAGAAUAAGUUCCAAACGGGCGAGCGUAGAGAUGCAGCAGCCGUUAACUAUCAGUUGUCCAUUGUCAGCACCCAUUUUGUCCAGCGACAGCAAACCUCCACUUAUGAUGGCCGCGGGAAUUUGUUCGCCCUCGAUGGUCACGCCCAGCCGGUCGUUUCAGUCCUUCACCCGUUCGCAAGAGACUUCGCCGUACUUCACGUCGUGCUCGAAAUCCAUCUGCAGUCCGUCCCCGCCGACGAAUCGCCCCAACGCGGACUCUUAUCAUUCUACCGGGAACUCGAGUCCGUGCUCGAGCCCGAACUCCUCGUCUCCGGGCUCGAACACGUCCGCGGGUAAUCUGUCUGGCAUCUCGAACCAGUCGCAUUACCAGCGCCCGAGCACUCUUCACGGUCUCAAGCACAAGCUGCACACGGCCGCGAAGAACAUCCAUUCGCCGAAUCGCAGGAAGUCCGUGGGCCACAUACCGCUGUCGCCGUUGGCCAGAACACCGAGCCCGUCGCCGAUCCCGGCCAGUCCGACCAGAAGUCCAAGUCCGCUGGCAUUUCCGACGGGCCAUCAACCCGGUAGCUCCAAUACUACUCAAUCAUACAGUCCAGGAGCGUGUUUAUCAACGCCGAACAGUCAGAAGAAGGGAUAUGGUCGUCCGAAAUCCGCGGAGCCUGGCUCGCCGCUGCUCCGACGAGCGCUCAGUCCCGAUCGGCUGCAUCCGCGCUCGGCGGAGAACAAGACGUCGAUAUCGCCGCUGGCGAACACCGUGGUCAAAGUAACACCACGUGUGACCAUUGCACAGUCGUCCCACAACAGCAGCGAUACCUGUUCGGACGAAUCCAACGACAGUUUCAAGGAGGCCAGCGAGGGCGCCAAGGGCGAGAAAAAAGUGCCAAGUGAACAGAAAGCGGACUACUCUAAAUUGACUCACGGUAUCUCCAUCAAUUUAGGAAACGUAGGCAUGUCGAAUUCCUGUGGUAGCACGCAACUGCCGCGAAUAGCCGAGGAGAAGGACUCGCCAACGGGCACCAAGAGUGACGAUUACUCGUCGUCGAAGGAGAUCGGCACGGAGAAAAGCGACAAGCAACAGUCUACGUGCGGUAACAAUCAGUCGGGGAGCGCGGAAAAAGCUCAGAGCGAUGAGCGCCAAGCGGUUGCCAGCGGCAGCAGAGUAUUGCAGCACAAUGAAAAGGAAGAUGCAGCCGCUCAACAUGGCGUUCCGCAUGCGAACGCGCAGCAAGCAAUCAGUGUCGCUGCUAUACAGAAGAAUCUGGAUCAGAGACAUUGUCAGAGUGACGAGAGAUCUGUCGUAGCGCCGACAUUGUCACACAAACCGCUCGUCACCGAGCAGAAAAACAUUAGCAAGGGUAAUACGGAAGAGAUUAAAAAGACAUCCAAGAAAUACAAGUCCGACUCUGGCGACGGCUCCCAUUCUGGCACGCACGAGAGCAACGCAGGGCUGGGGAGAGAUAAAAAGAACUAAUUAAUUUCGUGCUUUCGAGUAAAUUGAGGCGGCACCGGUUUUCUCUAUACAGCGGAGAGUCUUGAAUUACCUGUGUGUUAAUCAAACGUGAAAUAAGGCGAAAGUUAUCCCUCGCAGAGUUUAAAUAACUUUGUCGAAUAAAAUGUUAACGAUCAUACGAGAGAUAAGAGACUAAUCAAAAGAAAAAGAAAGGAAAGAAAGCGAAAAGGGUGGAAAGAUCACAGAUUUUGAAUUUAUAUAGCUUUAUGGAACUUCUAUAUUCAAACUUAUAGGCUUCCGUCAAAUGAAUACCUGAAAGCGAUCAAGAUACUUAUAUAUAUAUUUCCGAGAAAAAAAAGGUUUUAAUCUAUUUCCGUAAGAUAUAAUGUUUGUCAUGUACAAGAUACGCUGCAAACCUUCAAACGAAUUUACAAGAUGAGAAACAGAUUAUUUUAACUGUCAAGACGCAAAAACUCAAAGUUACUAACUCGAAAUCACAAAAUUACAUAUUGAAGUUGUUCUAACAGUGAGACGAUUGGAGUGAUUUUAUGCUUCGGGCUACAGUAUUUACACGAUCUCAUUUACAUUUAUAUCUAAAUAAUAUUAGCACGUAUACACACACAUGUACUCAUACACAUCAUAUACAAAACACACACACAACGCAACACAUAUUCAACAUAGUAUUCAAUGGCUCGCAUACAAUGUCCCGUGUACGCGAAAUAGUUUUAUAGCGUAUUUAUUUUUGAAGAAAGGGUGAGAAAAAGCAAAGAGAAUCUAUGACGCUAUUUUGUUGCGAUGGUUUAUGUAAUAUACAAGAUGAUUCCGUUGCGCGUAAUUAUAAAAUUAGAAGUGCAGUGACAAAAAAUUAAGAAGCUAAAUAAUUUUCACCUGAAUUAUUCAAUGCGUUCCGUUCCUUGAUUGUACCGUAGUUGAUUGCACUGACUGCAAAAUAAAUGUGUUUUAUUCAA